ACUUUUAGACUUUCAUUUUUAAGAAACAAACAAUCUCAAUUGGUUGAGAUUGGUAGCUGAACAAGUAUUUCUCAUUAACAGCUCUUUCACACCUGAUGACCUUUUACUGAAUUAUUUCCAUAUUGUUUUACUUCCUUGUUUUAUCAUUUUGUUUAUUAUUUUUCUUUUUGUUCUUGGUUCCUUUAUACACUAGUCGGUUGUUUGUGGUCCUCUGGAUAACAUUGUUUAAUAAUUUGCAAGGAAUCAUGUACAUCCAUGCUGUUAAUCCCAUGAAAUCCGAUCUUGUGUGUUUCAUUCAACUCUAUUGGUUCAGGUCUUUGUGAACAGUUCUUUGAAGGAACAAGGGUUUCAAGAAGUGUUUCUCACUUGGAUUACCUCUUCUGUAUCUCUUGCAUUUUGGGGGGAAAGAAAUAUUACCAUCUCAAUGGUUGAUUUAUAGAAUUUUUAUUAAUUACUGGUUUGAUUGUUGUAUACAGGGUUUGUUAGACAUGUAGGGUAGGGUUUCAUUGGUAGUUGGGUUUAAUCUGAUCUGGGUUUUUUGAUUGAGUGUUGAAAUUGGAGUACUCAGUAGUGGGUUGGCUGUAUUGGGUCCUCACUGACGUUAUUCAGUUAUAUGCAUAUAUAUUAGGGCAUAAGAGGUAGGGUUUGUACUGUUUCAUAUGCUAAAAAUGGGAAGUGUCCUGUUAAGGUUUUGGUAGCUUCUGGGAUAAUUUGGACAUUUGUGGAUGCUAUUCUAGAUUUUUUCAGGCAGUUUGGCCAAAACCCAGAUCUCAUAAACAACUGUGCCUGGGUUUCUUGAAUUGCAUGCCUUGAUGUAGUUUGAUUGAAUCUGUAACCAGAUUAAAUUUUGUUGAUAGUUCCUUAGAUUUGGAUCAAAGAAGCUUGUUUAGAAGAUUUUAGAAGUCUUGUUUUUGUGGUAUUUUUAGCUAUGAGAGGAGUCUUUAAUUCAGCUUGAAGAUCUGAAUUCUCAAAUUAUGGGUAGCAAUUCAAAAACCAUUGUGUGGUUUAGGAGAGAUCUGAGAAUUGAGGACAAUCCUGCUUUAGCUGCUGCUGCUAAGGAUGGGUCAGUCUUUCCAAUAUAUAUAUGGUGCCCUAAAGAAGAAGGACAAUUCUACCCCGGUCGAGUUUCGAGGUGGUGGUUGAAGCAGUCUCUUGCCCACCUAGAACAGUCAUUGAGAUCUCUUGGAGCUUCACUUGUGCUGAUGAAAUCCCAGAGUACUCUUGAUGCACUUUUAGAUUGCAUUCAUGCUGUCGGGGCGACAAAAGUAGUAUAUAACCAUCUCUAUGAUCCUGUUUCACUAGUUCGUGAUCACAACAUCAAACAAAACCUAGUUGAACUUGGCAUUUCUGUGGAAAGCUGUAAUGGGGAUUUGUUGUGUGAACCAUGGGAAGUAUAUGAUGAGAAAGGACAUGCUUUUACUACCUUUGAUGCAUAUUGGGACAAGUGCUUGCACAUGCAAAUGGAACCUGUUUCACAUCUUCCUCCAUGGCGGGUGGUGCCAGCUGCAGGAACAGUUGAAAAUUGUUCGAUUGAAGAAUUAGGUCUCGAGAAUGAAUCGGAAAAAUCUAGUAAUGCUUUAUUAGGAAGAGGAUGGUCUCCAGGUUGGAGCAAUGCCAACAAGGCUCUAAGUGAAUUUGUUGAACAACAACUGGUUGACUACUCAAAAGAUAGGCUAAAGGUGUCUGGAAACUCCACGUCACUGUUGUCUCCUUAUCUUCAUUUUGGGGAAUUAAGUGUGAGGAAAGUUUUCCAAUGUGUACGAAUGAAGCAAAUACUAUGGGCAAGAGAAGAGAAUACUGUUGGUGAAGAGAGUGUCACUCUUUUCCUUAGAGUCAUUGGGCUUAGAGAAUAUUCUCGUUACAUUUGUUUCAACUUUCCAUUUACUCAUGAAAGAUCAUUGCUGGGAAGCCUGAAACAUUUUCCGUGGCAUGCUGACCAGGCCCGCUUCAAGGCUUGGAGACAAGGUCGGACUGGUUACCCUUUGGUUGAUGCAGGGAUGAGAGAACUUUGGGCAACUGGGUGGAUUCACAACAAGAUAAGAGUGAUUGUUUCAAGUUUCUUUGUAAAGCUUUUGCUUCUUCCAUGGCAAUGGGGAAUGAAGUACUUUUGGGACACGCUUUUAGAUGCCGAUUUGGAAAGUGAUAUCCUUGGUUGGCAAUAUAUCUCAGGGAGCUUACCUGAUGGUCAUGAGCUGGGGCGUUUAGAUAGCCCAGAGGUUCAGGGUUUUAAUUUUGAUCCAGAUGGUGAAUAUGUGAGGCACUGGCUGCCCGAGCUGGCAAGAAUGCCAACUGAGUGGAUCCAUCAUCCUUGGGAUGCACCCCUCAGUGUUCUUAAAGCUGCAGGGGUAGAAUUGGGAUUAAACUAUCCGGAACCUAUCAUCGAUAUAGAAAUAGCAAGAGAUCGUUUGACUGAAGCUAUCCUCAUUAUGCGGGAAAAGGAACUAACAGAUCGGGCUCAAAACUCAAAAGGGUUGAAUGAAGAAGUUGUGGAUAAUUCUGACAGUAUGGAAAAUUUGGGUAUUCCAAAGGUACUUUUAAAGGGAAAAACUUCUUUCUCCACUUGUUCAUUGAAUGAUCAGAGGGUGCCCACAAUUCAAAAUUUGAAGAACGAGUCGUUUAAUAGAAAGAGACCAAUUUGCAUAGAAGACGAAAUGCCACUCCAAAAUGAGUUGGCCAAUUGCAACAAUAUAGUUGGAACCUCAAGAAUGAAUGAUGACUUGUGCUCUACAGCUGAAUCCUCUUCGGCUAAAAAGCAGACCACUAGCAGCAUAAAUUCAUUUUCUGUACCCCAUUCCUAUACCUCAUCAUCAAAAGGCAAGCCAAUGCAGGAUUUUGAAUCUUCUGAUCUGAAGCAGCCAUGGAACGAACACGUUGACAUGGAACAGAGUUCUAGCAAAAAUGGAGCUGUGGGAGGUUAACGGCUUCCUUAAAAUGGGGCAGCCCAGCGCACGAGGCUGAGGCUCCCAACACUGCAGGGUUAAAGAAAAGGGAUAAUUUGGUAGCUGAAUGCAGCUGGGACCAUGAUUGGAUGUGGUGUUGUCUUAUAAAGUACUUGUUAACAUGUCAAAUUAUAACAUCCUUUUUUGUUUCCAGGAGGACAGAAUUUGUAACAGGCAAAAAUAAAGAUGUGAUCUUAGAAACAUAGAUCGUAAUGUGGAUGUGUUCCUUCAUUCAUCUACUCAACCCCAUUGUAGAUAAUGAAGCAACUAUCUUCUUUUGAA